GCAACAUAUUUCUCAUAAGGCAAACUAUUUCGUACUAAUUGAACAUAAGUCCUUAAAAACAAGGCUAAAACUGUUUGGUUUUGGGGUCAUUUUGGUGGUAUUUUGCGGUUUUUUAUUUGCCGGGUCGAACUACAAUUGCAGCAAGGUAAGGGUUCUGCUCGAAAAUGGGGUUGUAUUUGUUGGGUUUUGGGGUCGAUUUAUGCUGGGUUUUUUUGGUUUGCCGGGGUUGAACAGAGGUUGCAGUAAGCUAGGGGAUUUGCUUGAAAAUGGGGUCGAAUUUGUUGGUUUUAAGGUUAUCUAUACUAGUAGACUGAGCUUUAAGGUUGGAUAAGGAUUUUGUUUCUCAUACUCAUAACUUAAAGCCAAGAUUAGAGUAGGCUGUUCAUGCUUCUAACAUAGUUUUUUUUUAUUUUUUAUUCUUGAUACAUUUAUAUCUUGAAGUUAUAUGUACUUUCUUUCGUGAUUUAUUUGGUGAGUUUGGAACAAUAGGAUUUGGCUUAAUUUUGUGGAAUAUAUAAGGUUAGGUUCUUAUCAUUCUUUGAAAUACAUAGUGUAACAGUUGGCACUUAGGCUUUUGGUCUUACUAGCCAACAAGUUUAUCAGUUUAUUCAUUUCUGGGGAAUAAUGCCUUAUGUGGCUUGGGAUGAUAGUGUUCUUUUUUCUAUUGCCUAGCUUCUUUAUUUAUCUCCUUGGAAGACAGCCUUUGUGAUUUCUCAUCACUCGUAUUCUUUUUCACUUCUCUGUCCACAAGUUUCUUUUUUAUUUUUUUUUCUUUGGUCAAGUGUAAGGUUGCAACGUAGAAUUUGGGGCCUUGUCUUGUUUUGUGAAUAAACUUAGGCUGCUGAGAUUACCAAGUGUACCUUGUUUUUAAUCUCUAUUUAAAGCUUCUAACAUACUUAUUUUUUUCAAAUAGUGAUGGUGAUGAAGCUGUAAAAAAUGAUGAUCAGUGGACCAGAAGUCCAAUUGUGGAGUCAUCUUUACUAGAAGUUAUAAACAAUGAUCAGAUUCAAAGUGAUAAUUUUGAUAAUCCUGUUGGUGAUGAUGCUGCUACAACCUCUAAUCAGUUUGCUACAACAUCUUCUGGAAACGUAAACAAGAGUACCAAAGUAGAUAAUAAAGGAGGUGAUCCAAUUGAGGGAGAACUUAAAGUUAGAGCUAAAGAUGUUCCGAAAAAACAAAGCAAUGAAGAAAGAACCAAAGAAGGAAGACAAAGGGAAAAAAAGGAAAAGAAAGGUUGAUGAGAGUGAUUCUGAUGAUGAUAUUGAAAUUAUUCAUGUAGAUCAAAUGGAAUGUAGAACAAUAAAUCAACGGAUUCCUCCUAAGAAUUUUAAGAACAUUGUGCUUAAAGAUUUGCCCAAAUAUCGUAGGGCGGCUACUAGAAAAAUUGGCUUUGGAGGUUUCUUAGAUUCACAUAAAUCCAUGUUUUGCUCUAAGCUUGUGUCGAGUUUUGACUGUGAUAAGGUGUCUUUAGUUCUUGAGAGGAACCAAGAGAUUGAAAUUACACCUGUAGACAUACAUUUGGUUUAUGGUUUGCCGAUGGGAGGAGAAAUUAUUAAAGAGCCCCGACAAGAGGAGGAUGAAGAAUGGGUUGAGUUUAUUAGACGAUGGAGAUCUUAUUUUGGGAUAAGUGGUGGAAGUCCAUCAAACUCUGUGAUUAUUAAUCGAAUUGAAGAGUUAAAGAAGAAACCUGCUUGUGAUGAAUUCAUUUGGCAUUUUGUAGUUUCUGUUGGCAAUUAUUGUACUCCCUCCGCCACAAUUAUCUGCAACAUUUGCCAUAAAUGGGUGCUCUCUAUAAUCUGCAACAAUUUUUUUUCCUAUUUUAGUAAAUUUUUAACAGCAAAAUGUCAACCUUACCCUUACCUAAAACUUUUAACUUUGUUUACAAUUUGUUAAUUACACUGAAUUAAUUCCUAACUAUCUAACUCACCCCAAUGAUUCCCACCUAAAAUAUGACCCCCUCCCCUCCUGUCUCAUCAGCAACCUUUCAUCUCCCAACCACCACAUUCAAUGAACUGCAUUGAAUUGGCCUUGAAAUGCAGCCCAGAUUGAUUCAUCUUCAGUAGAAUUCUCCAAAAUUCAUUUAAACGCCUCCUCUCUCCCCUCUUCUCUCUCCACUUCUCCGUUUGUUGUUCUUCCCAUUUUCUCCGCGAAACCCUACAAUUUCUUCAUCUCUCUCCAAAAAAAUGAGUAACAAUCUAGA